AUGGAGUUGCAUCAUCUCACCGGGUACUUUGUGUACAUUUUGUUCGUUGCGACGCUCGGUCCGCUCCUGUUUGGCUUCCAUUUGUCGGAACUCAACGCGCCCGAAGACGUGAUUCGCUGCAAGAAGAAGUCGAUAACAGCUACCACCGCCAGCCCAAACCUCCCGCAAUGCAUACCCAUGACCCCGACGGAAUGGGGCGUGGUCGGCUCCAUGUACACACUUGGAGGCUUGAUAGGAGCCCUAUCCGCUGGACCGCUGGCAGGCAGAUUCGGGCGGCUGAGGGCAAUGCAAAUCACGACGCUCUUCUUCGCCAUCGGCCCCGUCUUUGAGGCCCUGAGCCCCAGCAUCGCCGUCAUGGCUUUUGGCAGGCUGCUGUCGGGUGUAGGCGCUGGGGCGUCGGUGGUGAUUGUACCUCUCUACAUUUCAGAAAUCGCGCCACCAGCAGACAAGGGCUUCUUUGGCGCCUUUACGCAAAUCAUGUGCAACGUUGGCAUCCUCACCACACAGUUGCUCGGCUACUUCCUGAGCCACGACUCGUACUGGAGGAUCAUACUGGCGAUUGGAGGUCUGAUUGGGCUUGCACAGGCAGCGGGUCUCUUCCUAUCCGUCGAGAGUCCAAAAUACCUUGCCGAGCAGGGUAAGAUCUCGCUGGCGAAGAAGACGCUGCGCAAGUUGAGAGGCGAAGAGGCCAACGUGGAAGACGAGAUGAGUGGCUGGGGAGCCGUCGGGUCUAGUGAGAUCAGUGACGAAGAGCAGACGCUCUUGCACAACCAAGACGGCGCGAUGGGCAUCCCAACCAAGGCCAGCAAGGAACAGACGCUCAGCAUCAUGCAAGUAUUCAAGCACACGGACUACCAGAAGGCGGCGAUUGCUGUCAUCAUGGUCAUGGUGGCGCAACAGUUUAGCGGAAUCAACAGCAUCGUCAUGUACGGAGUCUCCCUGCUGGCCGGGCUACUCGAGUCCAACUCUGCCCUGCUCAACUUGGCUGUUUCGGCCCUCAACAUUGUGGUGACUGCAGGAUGCGCACCGCUGGCAGACAAGCUGGGGCGCAAGACGUGUCUGCUGGUUUCUCUUGCAGGCAUGGGAACGAGCUCGGUCCUGCUUGCGAUUGGCAUUAUGCAGUCGAUCCCAGUGCUCUCGGCGGUGGCCGUCUUGUCGUUUGUGUCGAGUUUUGCGGUCGGUCUGGGGCCGGUACCGUUUAUCCUCGCCAGUGAACUGGUGGGGCCCGAUGCGGUGGACGCGACGCAGAGCAUUGCGCUGGGUGCCAACUGGAUUGCCACAUUCAUGGUAGCGCAGUUCUUCCCGUUGGCGAGCGCAAAGCUGCACGGCAAGGUCUACUUGAUCUUUGCAGCGCUCUCAGCCUCGUUUGCUGCCUUUAUCGCAUGGUAUGUGCCCGAGACCAAGGGCAAGAGGAAUGCAGACGAGGUUUGGGGGCGAGAGCGCAGAGUGGAUUGA